AUGACUGAGGGCCAGGAAAAUAUUAGAUUCUUGAUACAAAGGCCGAAAACUCCAGUGGUCAAAUCCCCGAUGCAUUGUUCAGUUUUUAACAAAUCGAUUAAGAGGGAAUACAAAUCAAACAGGGGCUGUCACCAAACGAUGGGCUAUGCUGAAAUUAAGCCCAAUCAACCAUCAAAGUUUUUAAAAAAACAUACCAGAAUAGUGAUAAGACCAUUUGUCGGUACAAAAAAAAACACUACUUUUCCCGGGACUUCAGAUGCUUUAAAUCCGGUAUAUCCCAGUCGACGUUGUCGUAAAUCAGAGAGAAAACCCGAGGAGAAAACCAAAAUAAUCAAUAGAAAUUUUCUGAAUGAAAACAUUGUUGAUGUGAUAAGAAAGGUGCCACCAUUGCCCAAGCAUCGGGUACAGGACACCAGGCAUGGACAUAUUAUAGUUCUAGAUGAGGCCGGCCUAGAGCCGACGUUCGUGUCUAAGAAGAAUUUUGGCAAAACACCUUCGUACAUUAAGAAAAUAAUUAAGACCAACGAGACGGAAAAACUUGCUGAGGUCGAACGUAAACGGGCGAUCAAACCACCGUUGCGUUAUUUGCCCGCAGAUGAGCGCAACGAGUUAUUGACUGGAUUGAAGGCCAAUUGGGGUGAAUUGUAUACAGAAUUUUUAUUAUUACCGAUGGUUACAGACUCAGUGCCAAAAAUUAAUCGAAAAUCUCGACUCGAGAAUCAACUAAAUAAUUUAGAAAAGGAUAUCAACCUGCUGGAAAAGUAUCCAUCCUUAUAUGUGUGUGAUAACUAG